AUGUUAUUGCAGGUCACGCUGCAGCAGCACGGGAAAGGCCAGGUGUGGGCGUCCGGCAAUAAGGUGAGCCGACAGUCCGUGCUGUGCGGCAGCCAGAACAUCGUUCUCAACGGCAAGACAAUAGUCAUGAAUGACUGCAUCAUCCGUGGUGACCUGGCAAACGUACGGGUUGGACGACACUGCGUGGUGAAAAGCCGCAGUGUGAUUAGACCGCCCUUCAAGAAGUUUAGUAAAGGGGUGGCUUUUUUCCCUCUCCACAUUGGUGAUCAUGUCUUUAUAGAAGAGGACUGUGUUGUCAACGCAGCCCAGAUUGGCUCCUAUGUCCACAUAGGCAAGAACUGUGUCAUCGGUCGUAGAUGCGUUUUGAAAGACUGCUGCAAAAUAUUAGACAACACAGUACUACCUCCAGAAACAGUAGUCCCACCUUUCACAGUCUUCUCAGGCUGCCCAGGACUCUUCUCUGGGGAACUCCCGGAAUGUACCCAGGAACUCAUGAUUGACGUUACAAAGAGCUAUUACCAGAAGUUCUUGCCACUCACUCAGGUGGCCUCUGCCAGGGUCUAAAACCAACUCGCCACUGAAGAUCUCAAACACUCAGCACUGUUAACAUUCCUUAGAUUUGGCCACUUUCUGAAGCAUCCCUCUGACCUGGGCUCACCUCUACGCCUCUGCCAGCUCUGGGAAGACGAAGUGUCAGUG